CCCUUUGGGCAAGUCAAGCUCCACCGCUUUCCUUCUUUUUAGAUGGCCGGGCCCCCGAUCUGAACUGGCCCACCACCUUUUUCCUCGAAACGUCGCCCAAGCAGGAGUGUGGCAUUUUUCUCUGGCAGCCCUCAGUUCUCCUUUAAGUAAGCAUGUGGGCAGAGAAUCAAGGACAAAGUAUUUCCCUCCCUAUUUUCCACCCACAAUACUAGGAUUCAGGGUCAGAAUCCCCUACUUAGAAAAGGGGACAUUUCUACGUUGUCCUGGCCUUACCGCUGCUCUUAUUGUUAAUCACGCUUAAUAACGCUUAUUGUUGGAAGCAGCAGUCACACCCUCCUCUGACGCUGUGACAAAUUUGUUGUGAUAAUUGCCGGUCUGUUUGAAUGAAAAGCAAAGCUGAGGCUGUGGGACAGGACAGACCUGAAGGUCACUUGGCAUUGCUACUCUGCAGAUACACUGAGACACUUGCAAACUCGUCUGUACUGGAAAGAAACUUCUGGUUUUCUGGCCCGUAUCUCUUUAACCUGCUAUUUCUUUCUUUGCUUCCCAGGGCUCCAUGUUCUCUCUGGCACUGAAAUGCCUUAUCAGCCUCUCCACAGUCAUUUUAUUGGGGCUCAUAAUUGCGUACCACACCCGUGAAGUACAGCUUUUCGUGAUUGACAACGGCGCCGAUGACUGGCGGAUCGCCAUGACCUACGAGCGCAUCCUCUACAUCUGCUUGGAGAUGCUGGUUUGUGCCAUCCACCCCAUCCCCGGGGAGUACAAGUUCUUUUGGACCGCCCGGCUGGCCUUCUCGUACGCGCCUUCGCGGGCCGAGGCAGACGUGGACAUCAUCCUCUCCAUCCCCAUGUUCCUGCGCCUCUACCUGAUCGCCCGGGUGAUGCUGUUGCACAGCAAGCUCUUCACGGACGCCUCGUCGCGCAGCAUCGGCGCCCUCAACAAGAUCAACUUCAACACGCGCUUCGUCAUGAAGACGCUCAUGACCAUCUGCCCCGGGACGGUGCUGCUGGUGUUCAGCAUCUCGCUGUGGAUCAUCGCCGCCUGGACGGUGCGUGUGUGUGAGAGGUACCACGACCAGCAAGAUGUUACGAGCAACUUCCUGGGUGCCAUGUGGCUGAUUUCCAUCACCUUCCUGUCGAUCGGCUACGGCGACAUGGUCCCCCACACGUACUGUGGCAAGGGCGUUUGUCUGCUCACGGGCAUUAUGGGGGCUGGCUGCACUGCUCUGGUGGUGGCUGUCGUGGCACGAAAAUUGGAGCUCACCAAAGCCGAGAAACAUGUGCACAACUUCAUGAUGGACACACAGCUCACCAAGCGGAUCAAGAACGCCGCAGCCAAUGUCUUACGGGAGACCUGGCUCAUCUAUAAACACACCAAGUUGCUAAAGAAGAUCGAUCAUGCCAAAGUCCGGAAACACCAGAGGAAAUUCCUUCAAGCCAUUCACCAGUUAAGGGGCGUGAAGAUGGAGCAGCGGAAACUGAGUGACCAAGCCAACACCCUGGUCGAUCUUUCUAAGAUGCAGAACGUCAUGUACGACCUCAUCACAGACCUGAACGACCGGAGCGAGGACCUGGAGAAGCAGAUGGGAGGCCUGGAGUCCAAGCUGGAGCAGCUCUCCGCCAGCUUCAACUCGCUGCCCGUACUGAUCACGGACGCUUUGCGCCAGCAGCAGCAGCAGCUCCUGGCCGCCGUGCUCGAGGCCCGGGGGGUGAGCAUGGGCGUGGGUGCCCCCCCAGACGCCGCUCCUGGACAGUCCCCUGGGGGUCAGCUCCACCUCGUUCCCCACCCCCUACACCAGCUCCAGCAGUUGCUGAACUGCAGCGAGGGGUCUCCUGCCGCCCGCGGGUCUUUUUUUAACAAUCUCUGUGUGGGGGCAGCUCGUUCCCAGUCCAGAAGGGGGCUGGAGGGACCCGAGCCGCUCGGGGUCGCCGGGGACCCAGAACAGUACGCUCUCGGCUUCGGUGCCUCGGAGCAGGGCUGGGAGGGCGGGAAGGAACAGGCAGUUUCGGCGGAGUCCCUCGCCGGCCGUGUUUGGUGGACUUCCGGAAUCCACGUUCAAUCUCAGGUCUUCAAAUCGAACACAAGCCAACCCGAGGGUGCGGACGUGACGGAGCCGGGGCGCGGCAGGGCAGGGCAGGGCAGGGCAGGGGAAGGACCAUUCCACUGUGUCGGACCCCACGGUGCUGGGGUUAUCCAUUUCCUUCGUGCUGCCCCCUUUCCAAUAUUCUUCCUCCUUCCCCUCUGUUUGUUCCCGGUCUUGCCAGCAGAAGUCAAAGAAGAAAUGGGAGGAAGGAGGGGAACGGGCCUUGGCCCCCAUCUCCUCCCUUUCUCCUGCAUUCUUAGCCGGAUCCCAGCAAGGGAAUGCCGUUGCGCCUCCUUGUGUGUAAAGGUCUCUGUGGGAGCUGGGCAGGGGUCUGUCCUGGGUUGCUCUUGGGGGAAGCAGGUUUUACAAAGAAGGCAGCAGGCAGGUCUCACCUUUGCAUAAGGUCUCAGAGCAAACUUGAAGCUGGUCCGGAGAACCAAGAAGCCGCCCCAUCCCAUCUGCCGCCAAAACUAUUCUCCCCCAGAGGCCUUCGGUGUCGUGGGCGGAGAGCAGAUGGGGGCUUGAGGCCGGCCAGGACGAUGGUCACGGCUCCAGGUGAAGUGGAAGCUCCUGGUUGGAGUGAUGCCUCCCUGCUGGAUCACACCUGGACCUUCCCAAGGGGAAUCCGAGGAAGCAGAGUUUCCUUUGGGUUUCAUUUGGCUUUGCAAGGGGGUUCUCCCAGGCCUUCGCACCCACCAGCGGUUCUCUGAAAUCGUAUCCUUCAUGUACCACAGUGCCAACCCGACUCCGCACUCGUCCCUUCUCUUGUCCAGCUCUCAGUUCCACAUACGGCACUUUCCCAACACUCUGCUAAAAUUCCAGAUUGCUUUGCUACUCGGAUUCUCCAGGGCUGAUCCACUCUCUGAACUUACACCUGUCUUUAACCAACUCACUCUCUCUCUCUCUCUAAAAUUUACUAGAGCUUUUCUUCCCACAAACCUUCCUGGGAAUUAUCGUUUGAGGGACAGGCUUGGGAGCUGGGUCACAGGUUUUCAGGCUGCCUAGCUUGAGAGCUCUGGCUAUGAAAAGGCUUAACAUUUGCAGCAUAGACAUGCCUCCAGGUUUUUUUCAAUUUAUUUCCAAACAAUUCAGAGGCUCUCUCUUGCACGUGCUCGCUCUCUCACUCUCUCGCUCUCUCUCUGCCUUGUUUUAAAUAUUUUUCUUUUUCCACCACUGCAGCAGCAGGUUGUGGCACUGAGGUUUGGGUUGCUGCUACACAGAAGCAGGGUACAAGUGACCAGAUUUCAAAGAAUUGCACAGUUAGCCAAGGCCACCGCCAUGAUCCUUCGUCUGUUUUUAUACAACCUGAGUGGUCACGGCUUCUUGCGUGAAAUCCCUAGAUUAUUCCUUCCCCUCACAGCAUCAGCCAGCUCUCUGAAGAAUCGGCCAAGCCUUUUUGAGAUCCUGCCCCUGCUGUUUUCAGCUAGCUUUUCAUCCAUAUGGACUAGAACCAUGCUUGUGGAUUGUUGUUGUUCUUUCAAAAGAAAGCUCAUGUUUUCUGGGAGCUCCAUCUGUGAGCCAUUUCUCCAUGUGGUGGCAUGGGAUGGACACCACCCUUCUCUUGCAGGGAAUAUGAUGGAGGUGUUGGAAAGAGUACACCAGGCUUGGGCAGCUUCCAGUCUGAAGGUCUGCCUUGAAUGUUGUUUGCUUUUCAUUUCGGUUUUUGCUCAGCCCCUGAUACCUACCAGCCCAAGCCUGGGACACGUGCUUUGAAUGCGAAUGUCGGGGCCCAGAAAUUUGUCUGAAGGACAGUUGGUGGAUGGCGCAUGCACAGGCCUCUCAGGCCAAAAUUCAGUCCUGGUUUUCUCAUUUCAGUAAUGGAGAAACAUUUUGUUCCCUUCUGUUGUUUACACCGUCGAGAGUCGGGCUGCAAAGCACACCACGGCCUCGCCGCUCUCGCCUUGGUAGACCUCAUGGAGGGCCUCCCUGAGAUAGAGCAGAGACUGCAGUCCGCGGACCAAACAGCCAGAAGAGGCAGGGUCCAUAUGCAAGUGUGGGGGGGAGGGGGCAGCGGGGGUGCCGCUGCUUCGUGCAUGGAAGCCCCCAGAAUCGGCUUCAAAGCCUGAGCUGCGGAAGAUGAGGAACAACUUUCCUUAGCCUUAAGCUUAGGAGCAUCAUCGCCCAUGAUCAGAGGAAGCAGAGUUGGAUAGACCAGGGAGGCCUGGGUUUUGCUAAAGGUAUUCUGUCUGUCUGUUGCAGAUUUUCAGCCAUCUUUCAUUCUGCCGUCCGCUCCUUGCUGGACUCGGAUUCUUUCUACCAGAAUUUCGAGAACUUGGCACUAAAGUGCAUUAGUUCUAAUGCGCACACACGCAGAUGUGCUAAUAUACAUUAAUUUGGAUUAGUACAAGUCUGUGUUAGUACAAUCCCCUGCACACACGAGCAAAAUGCCCACACACAGGUUGGACUCACAAAAAUGGACAUUCAUUGGAGUCUCCCUCUGGCUGUUUUCAACAACUCCAGGAUUCGUCAAUGGCUCAUCAGAGCACUCCUGUGAAAAGGCCUUCCCUUUCUGGACAGGUAGGACUGCAGCCCCCAUCAUCCCCAGACAACACAGCUGGAGUGAUGGGAGCUGUCGUCCAGCACAACCCAGAGGGUGCUGGGCUGCCAAAAAGCUGGUAUAGAAUAUGAGCUCCAUGCCGGCACCCUCGCUUUGAUGCAGCCUUAACGUCACACACCAAAGAAUUCGUUUCCAGGCCUCCGGUUCUCCACUGCGAGGGGCUGAAGAGGAGGGCUGGAAAAAUAACUCCGAGAACUCACCCCAGUUCAUUGGAAAAAUCUUUCCAAGGGCGUCUUGUUUCCUUUCUUUUCUUUUUCCCCUGCAAGACAUGUAAAAAGUCUUGCCUUGUGACUCUGGGGAGAGAUCCAGAGUAGUUAAUCUGCAGCGUGGAGGCUUUGCUGAUGGGCCAGGACCUUGCGCUGUGGCGUCUGCAGCCUUAAAGCUUAUCUGGCCUUUGUUACCGUUGCGUUGCUCUCCGCUUCUGGAAUACUGCCCGUUCUCAAGGCACAAAGGGGCCAGGCCCUGCCAGAAGGCAGGAGGCCAAGUUCCACUCCAGCUGGCCGGUUUGGGACGAAUCCAUGCAUCCUGUCGGAGCAAAAAGGCUGUUCCUCUGGGAGGCCCCAGUCCCCGUUUUAAGCCUCAUCCUCAGUGCCAACCCCACCUCCAGCUUUUGUCAGCCGAACGGCUGGCCGCCGUCCAGGGCUUUGCACUCAGCCGGGGAGGCCUUGGAGCUUUGCUUCCAAGCCCUGUGGGGACCAUGCUGGCUCCUCUGGAUGGAAGCUGAACAGGUGACAUUUUAUGUCUUUUUGAGCAGGCAAAGCAAGCGUGUAAUUGCCCGGCGAUAUUAAUUACGUGCUGCCUGCAGCGCAGGUUAAUUGCAAGCAAAAAGCCGACGUGCCGCCCCAGGUACGUGGAACAGCCUGGCGGUGGGGGGUUCUUUCCCUUUUGCUUUUUGUCUAACUUCCCUUCAGAAGCGGUGUGCAGCUUUCCAAACGUUACAAAGGCAGAUUAAACAGGAUGGGGGGUGGGGAGCAGGGGAAGGAACCUGCUACGUUCCCACAAUGGGUAGGAGGUGCGUUCCCUUUCGAUUGAUGUUGCUUAGGAAACGAGCAGCCCUUCGGGGAAGAGCGCCUUUGACGCCCACUGCUAUUUCUUUUUGGCAGCGCUGGUGACAUGGCGGUUUUAUUUCCCCCCCUCCCCGCCCCCUGCCCAGGGCUGGUUCAGCACAAAACAUUUAGGAAUCUGCUCAGGGUGCAGCCCACCUUUAAUCCCUCUCUGGGAAUCGCAUCAGCCAAGCGUAGCAUCUGAGGGAAUCCGUCAUCCCUGUCAUCUUGUUAAGAUCGGCGGAGCAUGCUUGGUCCUUGGGGCAGAAACAUAGAAACAGGGCGAGUCAGAAGGGGCCUCCUGAGCUAUCUAGUCUGACCCCCGGCUCCAGCCGGCUCCGCUCACGACAUGCCCACCAUGGCCUCAAUCAGAAGAGCCAGCAGUGAGUAGCAAAUUUUGGAGCUGUAGGCCAAAAUGACGAGGAGGCCCUAUCCGAAGUUAGUUGGUGCAUGCUGGGAACCGAAGUCCCAACACAGCUGGAGGGUGCCACGUUUGAGCUGGCGGCUCUAUCUGAAAGAGGUUUUGGGGUGGACCAUUUAGGAGAAAAUUCAGAAUCUGGCCCAACAGCCAUCCAAGGCCAUUCCCGCUUCUAAACACUGACGCUGGUAUACCCGAAGGCCAAUAAAGCAACACUGUUGAAUGUUUUGGUGGCAAUCUUAAUUCACAAAGAACAGAAUCAUCCAUCAUGAACCCUGGGGGGAGUUGUGGGUGUUUUGAUAUUAAAAAAAAACUCUCUA